AUGAGCAAUAGCAUCCAAAUGGACUGCACUGGCGCUGCCCCGACGUCUGCAUCAUCUCAUCAACCGACGACCGACGACCGAAAGCGCCAGAUCGGCAAGUCUGGCAGUCGGGAAGCGCUUCCUCGUAAAUCCAUCGAGACGUUUGGGCAGCGGACGUCGCAAUAUAGAGGGGUUACCAGGUGAGCACCAAUCGAGCACCGAAUGUUUUUGCUCUAUUUUAAGGAACUUCAAAAGAUGUUCGAUGUCUCUCAUUGUAGACAUCGCUGGACUGGAAGAUAUGAGGCGCACUUGUGGGAUAACAGUUGCCGAAAAGAAGGCCAGACCAGGAAAGGCAGGCAAGGUAUGCUGCAGGAUAUUCUCUCUUUCUAUGUCCUCACCUCUUUCUUUCUCCCUCUCGCUUUUUCUCUUUCUCCUCCUCUCUUCCCCUCUCACGCUUCCUCUUCUCUCUUCCCCCCUUCCCUCCCUCUUUCUCAGUUAGAGUUACCGAGAAUAUGCUAAUUUUGAUUAUUCCCAUCUGUUUGUUCGAUUUCGCUGCGGCUAUGGAAUUUCCCCUUCGGACAGUUUAUCUAGGUGAGCGGCGAUCAACAAACAACUGUCUUCGUCCUCUCUCUUAUCAUCCGCUUGAUCUGUCCUAAUGGUGGCAAUCAAUGUGGAUAUUUAUGAAAUGAUUAGGGGGUUAUGACAAGGAGGAGAAGGCGGCUAGAGCGUAUGAUCUUGCUGCACUCAAGUACUGGGGUCCGACGACCCACAUAAAUUUUCCUGUGCGUUAGCAUUUCUUCUGAUUCGUCUCGAGGAAAUCCUUCCUUCAGUUCUUAUCGUUUUCUUCGCAUCAUCUCGUGUGAACUUCUAGUCGCCUGGUCUUUUUGUACCAGCUGAGUGCAUAUGAGAAAGAAGUCGAAGAGAUGAAGCACAUGACGAGGCAGGAGUUCGUGGCUUAUUUAAGAAGGUUUGGCUCUGAAAUGCUCUCAACGUUCGCUCUUCCUCCUUUCUUUGAUUCCUGAACCCUGUUCUUAAUGUUUCUUUGGUGAGUUAGGCAGUUGCUCGACCAAUGCGCCGUUGUUAGCAGAUCCGGUUUAAAUUUGCGAUUUCCUCCCGAUCCUAGAUGGAUAUUUCGGGGUUUAGUGAUCCAUUAUUCAAAUUAUGAAUCUAGUUUUCACGGAUAUCUUAUUAACCUCUCUCUUCUGUCUCUACAGGAAUGUUGUACUGUUCCAAUUUCAAAUUACAUAGUCGAUUCUAUCGAAUGUUUGCUCCUCCCCAUCUAUAGGAAUAGUGCAUUAAUUUAUGCAACUUUUUAAAUUACAACACUGAAUCCAUAAAUUUAUUGUUUUCUCUCUCUCUCUCUCUCUCUCUCUCUCUCUCUCUCUCUCUCUCUCUCUCUCUCUCUUUACGGGAAUGCUCUACUGUUGUAAGCUUCAUUAUCCAGCGCCCGGUGAUUUAACGAAUGUUCUCUCUCUUGCUCUCUCUACAGGAACAGUAGCGGCUUCUCAAGAGGGGCGUCAAUGUACCGAGGGGUGACGAGGUUCUGGCAGAAACUUAACUUUAGCAUUAAAAGCACUCUUUUUUUUUGGCAAGCUAGCUUGCAGCUUUUAUCAUCAUCCCGGACAUACCGACGCUGAUGCCAGAACCCCCAUGUUCUGCUUGCCUCUCUCUCUCUCUCUCUCUCUCUCUCUCUCUCUCUCGGGCUCGGUUUUUUAUUAUAAUGUGUUUGUGUUAACUACGUCUCUUUCCGAGCUCACUUCCCCUGCGUUAUUUUCUGACUGCAUGCCAACAGGCACCAUCAGCACGGAAGGUGGCAAGCUCGAAUCGGUAGAGUUGCCGGCAACAAGGACCUGUAUUUGGGAACGUUUAGUGAGUUGCUUCUUCUUUGAGCUCCUUAUUCUUUUUUAACUUUGGCGCAAUGUCUACGGUGUAGUAUAAAAUCGUCUCUAUACCGGUGAUUAUAGUCGCAUGGUCUAUGCGGGACAACUCAAUUUCCUAUGUUGCGUUUGUUGACGACGAUCACCUUCGUCUUCACGACAUUGGCUUUGAGAUUCUGAGGUUUUCGUUGCAGGUACACAGGAGGAAGCUGCUGAGGCCUACGAUAUCGCCGCCAUUAAGUUUCGGGGAGUGAAUGCGGUGACCAACUUCGACAUCAGUCGGUACGACGUGAAGCGCAUUUGCUCCAGCAGCACCCUGAUCACAGGCGAUCUCGCCAAGCGUUCUCCUAGAGGAGACGUUCCUCAGCCCGUUGACGACGCCUUGGCGAGUUCAACGCUGCCCGGUGGUGAUGAGGCCCCUAUGACAAACAAAAGCGGCCUGCCUAGCCAGACGGCCGCCAUAGCGUCGCCCAUGAGCAAUUCGAGCUCGUCGAUGGAGAAGCGGGAGAGCCCCAGGAAUUCCAACUCCCAACAGAGUGACUGCUGCGAUCUGUCACAGGCAUUCUAUUACCCAUCUCAUGGAAGCGCCGAUUGUACCGCCAACACCAGCAACAACAGCAGCAGCUCUGCGCCGAACGUGAACUGGAUGGCUGCGGCGGCGACGGGCUCCCGCCCCGCCGGGUUCCCGGUUGUUCAUCAGCUCCCGAUGUUUGCGUUGUGGAACGACUGA